AGACUUACACAGGGCUGACUUGCACACAAAUUUACUGUGGCUGUAAUCCUAGUGGCUGGAUUAUAUUAUCAAGGCUGGAGCUCCAAUCCUAGUGGCUGGAUUGUAUUAUCAAGGCUGAAGCUUUAAUCCUAGUGGCUGGAUUGUAUUAUCAAGGCUGGAGCUUUAAUCCUAGUGGCUGAAUGGUAUUAUCAAGGCUGGAGCUUUAAUCCUAGUGGCUGGAUUGUAUUAUCAAGGCUGGAGCUUUAAUCUUAGUGGCUGACUUGUACUAAAUCUGAUUUAUAUUGGUAUAUCCUGCCCCCUCUGGGGCCGUGUACCACUCCUGAAACCCAGCCUACAGCACUAAUCUGAGUGUGCUAAGUCUAAAUACAGCCUAUAACAUAUUAACGCUAAUACCUUAGUGCAUCCUGCCCCCUCUGUGGCAGUGUACUCCGCCAUCUGCCAGUGUAUUCUACCCCCUCCGUGGUCGUACGCUGAGCCAGUUCGGGUCUUUACAUCCUGCCCCCUCCGUGGCAGUGUACUGUACCCAAGUUAAUAUAAGAUGGCAGAACAGCCAGGCAUGUCACCAUCAACACACAUGGUGCCAGAUCAGCCAGGCAUGCCACAAACAGCCAAGCCACAACAUUCUAACACGACUAAGACCAGACACGCCAAAGCCCUGGCUAAGACAAAACAUCUUUCCAGCCAUAGCAAACCAAAGCGCCCACGUUACGUCUCUGUGCCAACCACCACCACAGCACCUCAGGCACACAUAAGCGAUAUUCUCCAUUCCCCUGCUGCUUCCUCUGACGAGGAAGAAUUUGUUGGCUUUCCCGCUCAGUAUUCGACUAACGAACCUUCCUCCGAUUUACCGCCCCAAACAUCUGUUCCAAUAGCUCCUCAGGCACAUACAUCUGCCACAUCCGGGCUGCAGCUGUCUCCUGAUUUCCUCUCCCAACUUCAAGCCAUGCUGGCAUUUUUUACCCAAAUGCAGUCACUACCACAAGUUCCUGCCAUACCUCAACUCAACAUGGAACAUCGUGCGUGUCAUGAAACUCACCCUUCCUGUUCACCUAACCCCUUUGAUGUAGCCAGAGGCAGAUGUAUUGACGAAGCCUCGUAUGCGGAGGAGUCAACCUUCAAUGACCACGUUGAAGGAGAUGACUGGAGCAACUAUUCAGAUCAUGAGGAGGAUACAUCAUAUCGCUUGUUUAAUGCCUCAGACUAUCAGCCCCUGGCACGCAGGGUAGUUAAUACUCUUGGUCUCCAGACAGCGCCUUCAACUUCGUCCGCCCCAGCUAUCAAAGGGGCCAAGGUCCUCAAAUCCCCUGCACCUACUGAACACUACAUCCCGGUGCCGGACCCAAUUGCCAAAUUAGCCUCUGAAGAAUGGGCCCAUCCACUCAAAGCUCGACGCUUCAAGAACCUGGCUGACAGACUUUACGCCCUAGCCCCAGACUUUGCCACCAAGUUAGAUGUCCCUGGCAUAGAUGAACCAAUCGCUCGCCUCGUUUCACGAUCUCUUUUGCCCAGGGAAGGGGAAUCCCACCUAAAAGACACUACUGAGCGACGAAUAGACUUCGCCCUCCGCAAGAAUCAUGAGGCCACUGCCCUAGCCAUGCGUGCCUCCGCUUCAGCCUCCAUCUUCUCCAGAGCAUCUAUGAUGUGGCUGGAUGACCUUCUAGAGGACGCUAACCCUGAUCCUGUCGCCCUCAGAAGAGCACUAUUGAAAUUGCGUAAGACAGCAGCUUUUGUGGCCGAUGCCACUUUGGAUGCCACUCAAUUAGGGGCACGAGCCAUGACGGCUCAAAUAGUCGCUCGUCGCACCCUCUGGCUUCGCCACUGGCAAGCUGAUUCAGCGGCCAGAUUGAAUCUGUCCAGGGCUCCUUACUCCGGAUCUCUACUCUUCGGCGAGGAAGCUCUAAAGGCAGUGCUGGUUGAUCCAAAAGACGCCCACAAACCGGUUCUGGCCACAGUCAAGAACAGCGACCACAGGCCCUUCAGGCGAUUUCCUUCCUUCCCUUCUAACCAGCCCUUUCGAGGAACGCGGCCAGGAGGAUGAGGCCGCGACUUCAGAUCCUAUGAUCCCAACGCAUUCAGGGGCUCCUGGAACCGAAGCUUCCAGGGCAGAGGCCUACGGCUGGCUUGUCAACUUCGACAAAAGCCAUCUCCAACCAACCCAACGCCUACUACAUCUAGGGGCAAUGCUGGA